AUGAACCUAGGGGUUACUUCACCACAACAACAGGAAGCAAAUGCAAUUGCAAAUGCCAAUAUCCCUAUCAGGAGGGAGAAGUUAAACGUUACCAAGAAAAACACAGAUGCAGUUGGAAAAUCUUGUCAUGCACCACAACAACAACAGGAGGUUCAUGCAAAUGCCAAUAUUUUACCACCCAGAGCAGAUGAUUUGAUGAAUAGUGUCAUCUCAGAUGAGGAGUUGAUGGCAACAAUUGAUAACUAUACUGAGAUGGACUUCUAUGAACAUGAGCAGCCUCAGCCACAAGUUAACAAACAAAGCAAAAGAGAUCAGGAAUUGAUGGCAGCAGUUGAAAGCCAGGUUGACAGCAACAUAUAUCAGUAUGUGCAGCCUCACGAGCCAGGUCCUUCUCCAUUUGAGCAACUGAAAAUGUCCUCAAACCAGCCACCUGUGACUAACCCUCUGCAGACUAGGAUCAAUAUCAGAGCACCCCCACCAAUCACAGGAGGAUAUAACAGACCAUUAUUCAGUACCAUGCCCAACAGCUCGAAGUCAAUUGUGGUGGAAUGUGGGAAAAAGUUCAUGAACCUCUCUCAGGAAAGCCAAACAGGAGUGCAAAUGAAGAAAGGAAAGGGGAAAAAGAAGUGA